AUGCAGCAAAGUCACGCCACUCAUAUGGUUCGCAACACCGCCGCCGCCACCUCCGCGACGCCGUCCGCCAACUGCGCCAGCAGCGACACACUUUUCCGACUGGAGUGCGUGCUGCUCUUCGCGUUGGAUGUGGUGAGGGGUCCGUAUAUUCACAGCUGUGCACCGGCUCACCCGCCAGAGGCGAUACGGUCUUUUUUGGAAUCCCAGGCGGCGCCUGCCUCGUCUUCCGCUUACUCUGCAGCAGCGGCGGCGGCGGCGAACCCGGCCUUGGCAAAGGCCUCCGCGGAGAUGAUAGGCGACGAUGUCGCAACGCUCUCCCCAGCUGGAUUCCACUGCGAUGCGGCAACGGUGGCGCCGUACACGAAGAUGGCGAGCCCCGCCAUGCACUCAUUACCCUCGUUUGAGGCGUGCAGCAUCGGUGGCGGUGACGGUGGGCUUCGAACUGCCUCCUUUUCCUCGACUAUUCCAACACCCCCUCCAGCGCCGUGCUCCGCAUCUUCGCCAACGCAUCCACUAACUUCCGCGGUUGAUGCCUCACCAUCCUUGGAGCUGUGGUCGCUGCAGCACACCGCUCGCACGCCGCUGCUCAAGGAGCAGCAGCUGUCCCCCUUGUCUCUCGCCAACCGCACUGGUGCGGCGGCUGGCUUGUCAGCGUCAGUUCUGGGUGACAUAACCGGCGGCGGCACACGCAGCGUGUCCUCGCCGGCGGCACAGGGUCGCCUCGUCGGGCUGAGCGACACUACAGCACAAGCCGAGACGCGCGCCUACGCGGUGGACACCAGCGGUACCAACCACGCCGCCUCCGAGGACAACGCAGCCUUCUCGUUCCCCCCACAGACGUAUGCGAGCGAGUUGCCGAUGACGCUGCCAAGACCACCGUCAAUGGUGGGCUCGUCUGCGUUGGCAGCAUCUCCGUCGACGGGUGGUGGGGAUGCGUUAGCCGUUGACACAAGCCCGGGCAAAUACGGCGGUGAGUCGACACACACCAAUGAUGGACACUGCCGUGACGCCCGCAGCGAAGCAGCACGUGGGGCGGAGCGGAGGGCCAACGUGGACAGCGGCACUACCCCAACGCCCAGACUAGCUAAGGCACCAGCGGUCACCACGACGACCGACGUGUACUGCUCCAACACCACCUCGCCGAGCGCCACCCCUGUACGCACGCUGCCCAUGGCCACCGCUCCCCCAAACGCCAGUAGCAACAGCGGCGUCGCCGUCCCAAGAGCGGCCGCCGAGAGAUGUGCAGUGGCGGAAGGCCAGCAGCAGUUCCCGCACCAUGACCACCACCCUCAAAGCCUGUUGCCUUCCUCUCCCCAGGUAUGGCCAUCACUCCAUAUCGCAACCACAGCUGCGACACGCGGCACUCUGUUGCCGCCAACAAGCACCACUGCGGCAACAACCGCAGCGGACAACGGCAGAAUGAGCGGCUACAACGACGUCUUUGUCCCGCGCUCUGAGUUCUGUCGCCGUGUGCUGUGGUUAUACCCCGCUGAGUCGGGGCUGCUCUUCCUCUACUACCCCGAAGACAUUCCGGGUGAGCACUAUCAGCGCAAGACGCUGCGCUACUCCCUCUGUCUUGUCUUCCGCGUCGAUCACAAGCGGAUGACAAUCGGCGAUGGCCUGCUGCAUCAGCUGGUACACCCAUACAGCGUGGUACUCACCAAUAUCGCCGAGGAGCUGCGCGAGGCGGAGCUGAAGUAUGCGUACAUGAUUCGCGGCCUGCGGUCCUUCGAUUCAGCGUCAUGGCAGAUGUCGAGACUCGCGGUGAAAUCGCCCACAUCCUCCCUCCCGACUGCUGCAACGACUGCAUUUAGCGUGGCAGCGCAGUCACCGGUAACGUCUUUCAUGGCCGGUGCGCACGUCGCAGAGGUUGCCGAGGACGUCGACGAAGGCGUGGGCCAGGCACAUCCGGCAACGCCGCCAGCGCCCCCCUCCGGUACCCUCCAGAAACCGUACACGCUCGUCCGCGGUCGUGUUACUGGACAGGUCGACACAAUGGCACCAUCGACGGCAGUCGCGAUGACGGUCAGUGCCACCCUCACUGUUCCCUCCAGCACAUCGGCGAACCCUAACUUGUACCACCUGCCCUUUCUGGAGCACAGCGGCGCAGUAGCCGCGGGCGGGGAUAACAGACCACACCCCCCGACGGAGAUGGCGGACCGCACGUCGACGUCGCUCAUGUCCUCAUCGCAACUGGCGGCGCCAGUGCUUGGCGACGAGCGGACUGAAGCCCACGGAAGCGCUGAGACCGCCACGGCUACUGCUUCUGGUGGCUGCAGUUCGCAGCAGUGCGACGAUGGCGCACGUGUCGCUCAGUACCGUCGUGAUGGGGACGGCAGGCUGCUGCCAUCGGGCGUACACGGGUGCGGUGACUCCUCGUCGCUCGCCACCACAGCGGCCAUCGCGGUGGUUGCUGGCAACGCUGUCACCGGCGCCACCGCCGCUGACAGCGGCGUCCGCUCCUCUUCAUCGUACCUCACCAGCAUGCAAUCCUUAGAAAUAACCACCGCUCCGCCCUCCUCCUCCCUGCCGGUGCGUAGUCGCACUGUAAGUGAGACGGCCGCCACCUUUCAUCCCCCGUCGGCGCAGCCGCAAGCACUAGAGGAGUCGACGAGCAUGGCAGCCAGCAGCAGCGCCGCCUGCUCGUCGUUCAGCCUCAGAGGGGCACCGGCCUCCGCCCCUCAUGUUGCUCUCAGCGGCGCCGUCAAAGCGCACUACAGCGGAGGCCGUCAGCAGCAGCAGCACUCCACGGCAGGUGCCAGUGUCGCCACCUCACCGCGUGUUCCCUCGCCGUUCCAGGGCCCGGUCCCCACAACAGCUGUGGCGAGCAUGCACAUCUUGAACGCCUUCAUCACCCCACCCACGGAGCCGAAGUGGACGCCGCUGAGCGAGUUGGUGGACGAGCUCUUCCGCUGCCUAAGCUACACCACGGCACCCGACGGCGAUGGAGACCGCGAACGAGAGGGGCAGAUCGGCAGUCUGGUCGCGGAUGGACGCACGCCACUGACUGCGUCGCCGGUGCCUGCCGGCGCCGCCCUAGGACUGGCUGCACAACAACCGGAGGGCGCGCUCGGUGCGGGAAUGAGCAAAGCCCUGGUGCAGCGCCAAACCUCCACCACCUUGGCUUCACCUACUGGGCAACAGCAGCAGCAGCAGCAGCAGCAGCGCGGUGACACCAGUGUUGUGCACCUGUCAAACCGGCUGAGCUUCCAUGUGCGGCGCAUGGCGCCACUGCAGCCGGCGCGCCUCCUCCACUUCGAUCACGUCCCUGUCCCGGUCGUCGUGUACGACCCUCAGAUGAUGGAAUGGAUGGAUAUGGCUGUCCACCACGUGUUCCGGUUGGUAGACGGCGUGCGUACCGUGGCCGAUCUUGUGUUCAGCGUCGCCAUGGGCACCACCACUACGCUCGCAGAGGUGUACGCCGAUGCACUUCAGCGGUGCGUCGCGGAACAGCAGGCCGCGCCGGUGACAGCACAAGGCACGACUUCCGCAGGCGCCGGCGCCUCCGCAGCGCAGAGGAGCCCCACUGCCAAUCGCGACCGCCCCCGCAGUGCUGCCGUCAAAGCUGUGGCGCCUCUCUCCGCGCCGGGAACCGCUGCGGCGGCCGCGGCGCCGGUGGAAGUGCAUGGGUCUGGCGAGCCGGCUGCAGAGGGUGCUCAUGUAGCUGGUCGGUCGGCCAGUGCUGCCGGAAGCCCGAGGCAGUCGAUUGUUGUGUCCGUUCCGAUCGAUGUCCAUCCGUGCCCGUCGUUGCUGCCUGGCGUUCGUUACCCCGCCCCAACAUCGGCGGCGGCGGCGGCCAUCAGUGACGGACAGGCGUCACUACCCAGCCACGUCAAUGUACGCGUCGCUCCUGCAGCGGCGAGUGGUGCGGGCGCACCGAAUACCAGCGCCCCAGUGCGCAGCGGCGCCAACGGUGUAGGAAUAGCAGCGCCGAUCACAUCUGGAGUCCCCAACGGCAGCGGCAUCAGCUCUACCGCCGCGUCCUCGCCGCCGCCGCCGCAAAUCUCUGUGGAGCUCCCACCGACGUGGGUGGCGACGGCAGGGAUCGUGAUGGAGGCGCUUCUGCACUUGGAGCUGUGUCACCUGAUCAAGGUGUACCGCCCAUGGACAGAGCGAACGCUCUACAGCACCACCCACAGCGCGCAACGGGUACUGUGCAGCCUUCACCACCCGGCUCGCCAUGUCUUGGGGCACUAUCUUCUCUGCAUGGCGUGGGCAGAGCGGCAGGAGUGCAGGGAGGAGCGACGCGGCGUGAUAGCGAAGUGGAAGCAGAUACGGAAAACAAGCGUCAAGGCGCGGCGGGUACCGGUGGCGUCGCAUGCCACCACCUCUGUUGUCACCGAGAGGCAGCACGCCAGCACACGACUGGGAACGGCUUCCACACUGCAACAGUCGUCGACAGCCGCGGAAGUCUCUUCACCAUCGUCAUUCACAGAACCGGCAGCCGCUCUUGCAGUAAUGCCGGCAAGCGGUGUCAGCAGUCGAGCCGCCGCCACGAACGCCACUGUCGCCGUGAGGUCACCCGAUCACUUGAUGGACCGCAGUGGCUGGUCGCCGCCGGCUGCCCCGCGGCUGUCGUCGUCGGUCCCGUGCGCCUCUGAAGUGCACUGUCGUGGACAGCACCAGCAACGGCCACAUCCGCCUCCACCCCUGACACCAGUCGCGUAUCCCGGGAGCACCCCCAUGCCACAUUCGCCCCAGAGUGAUGCUAUGCUGAUGGGCGUCGGCGCCACCCAAGCAGGGGUGCUUGACCCGAGCAGUAUCGACGCCCACGCCUCCUCAGCUCCGACGAGCUUGGCGCCAUCGCCGCUGCGGCACGCGUUGAGUAUCGGCGCGUCUGGAAGGCUGCAGAUGACUCUCAUGAGCUCCCUCCCCGCGUUUUCGCUGCUGCGUUCCGGUCCCACCUCUGGUGCGGCUGUGAGUGGCACCUCGCAGAGGUUUUUUGUGGGGAGCCAAGGCAGUCAAGCCUGCGGUGGCGGCCUUCUGCCGUGCGCGGUCACGGGUGCUUCGUACGGCAGCAGUUAUUCGCAGCAGCAGCGACGACACCAGCAUCUCUAUGAGCACGGCUGCUCCCAUGCCACUCCGCUUCGCUCAUGCAGCAGUACCAGCAGCAGCGAGGACAGCUGCGCCUCUGUGUCACGCAGAUCAUCGUCAUCCACAUCUUCGUCUGUGAGUAGUGAUAGCGGCAACUCGAGCGUGUCGUCGUCAUCCUCUUCCUCCGCAAGCCCAAUGCCAAUAACUGCCUCGGCCAUGCAGCCGUUGGCCGUGCUGGCGAUGGCGGACGCCAGCGCCGUGCAGGCAUCGGCGACGCCGGCAAAGAUUGGGUCGCCGGGUUUGCCCUCGCUGACGCCGUCCGCCGCUGGAGCAAACAUGCUCGCUCAGGGAAGCAAAGGCGCCGCCGCCGCUGGCAUCGCCUCCCGUUCCGCGCAGCAUCCCCUGAAGUUGCCCAGUGCUGACGGCGCUGCAAUCGAGAGGUCCACUGCCGAGCCAACCGCUGCGUCUGCGCUCAGGGCGGCAGAGAGCCAAGCUACGGGGAUCGCAGCUGCCGAAGUGGUGCAACGGGAGAGGCGACGCCGCCGCCGACCUCCGCUGAAGGUCUUCGCCCCGACGGAAGCAGCCGUGAGCCGAGCCGCGGCUGCCGCCUUGUGUGCGCUCGCUAAGUUCAACAACGCCAGCGUCUUGUCCGUGCAGGAGGAAAUGCGGCGCAUCCCGGUGUGGGCCACCAGCUUCAACCACUGGUCCGACCGCUGCGUGAAGGCAUUGGUGGAGGUGGCGGUGCUGAACAACUGGUUAGAGGAUGUGUCGUCAUAG